CCAGAUAGGUAUUCCAAAAGGAGCGGCAGUCUUGUACACAACCACACCAGCAGUAGCUGAUCGCGAUGUGAUCAAUGUGAGUCCAGGCUAGAGAUGCGGAAGGGGAACGCCAGGUGGCACAUCGGCGAUGACUGUGCCGAAAGUUAAUGCUAGCCAGAAACAGGUUGUGGUCUGUGCAUAGUUGCAGUAGACGUUCCCCGUUAUCUUUCCUGCGACCAACGAGUCCCCAUCGGCCACCUAAACGACUCUCUUCUGUGCCUAGACGCCCGACCUGAGCAUUCAAGUCUCCGGCUAGUACUACAAUAUCUGUCGAACGCACUUUCUGGAGAAGAACAGUUAACUGGUGGUAGAACUCAUCCUUGAUUGCAUCCGGGCUGCAAUCUGUCGGGGCAUAGGCUGAGAUGACGAUUUCUUCUCACUUUGAUGGAACUUUCUAAUCUAACGGCACAUAACCGACCGUUGAUGGGGAUCCAGUCGAUUAGUGCUGCCUCAGCUCUAGCGCUUAGUGUGACACCAACGCCAGCAAGACCAGACGAAGAUGCCACAGGGUCCCCGGAUAAACGCACAUAAAACAAGCUUUUUGAAGUGACAGAUGGAGAGCGAAUUUGUAGUACUUCACCAGAGUCUUGAAUACGGGUCUCGGAUAAACAACACACAUCAAUAUUAAGACUUUCCAAAGACAUAGCCAGCCCUAUCUGUUGUCCGACCUGCAUAAGUGUGCGAACGUUGAAGGCAGCCAGUUUGAAUGAUGUACGUCGUUUCAGAAAAACUGCUUCAGUACUCGUAUUCGGUGGCAACAUACAAUUUCUAAUCAGGCAGUGACUCGAGAGCGUUUAGAUACAGCCGAAUUUUCACCAUAGGCGAGCUGUUGUAUAAGUCGAAAAAUAAGGAUGGACAGAGUGGAAAUAAAAGAGAGUGAAUAGAUGACGUGGUAAAUAAUAAUAAUAAUAAUAAUAGUGGUGCGAGUCAUUUCAGUGUAAAUCGGAGCGAAAAGAGUAUUUUCCAUAAGUAAAUAGUUCAUCAUGUUUUAGUGCGUAGGCUGGGAUACUGCCCGGGUGCCCAGACCGAAGCAGGUGGUUUUCUUAGGGGGCCACACCCCGAGCCUUUGACCUAGAGGUCUAGUCCACAAGGCAGUGGAGCAUCGUGAGGAGAUGCAGUCCCAUGGAAGCCGGUGACCAAAAGUUGGUUCAUACGCCAUUUGUUCCCACAGGAUACUGGAGCCCAUAUGCACCAUUGAAUUGGGAUCCGGUUAUAGCGCCGGACGUUCGCUUUUCGUCCUCUCAUUUUCGUAAACAACACCCCCGUCACGAGAAGGUAGUGAGUAGGACUUCUCUGGCAGAGGCUAUAUACGCGUGGCCGUGUGAGAGUAUUUCGAGAGGGAGGGCGAACCCACCCCACUCUCGGCCAUACCAUCUGAUUUGUUAUAACUGUAAGUGUUUUGAUAUAUGUGAUUUCGUACUAAUUAAUAAUCAAAAUGGGUGUACAAAUUAAUAUAUAAAUGAAUGUAUUUUCGACUAUUGUGGUCGUCGUGUUUUGGGUUUAAUAAACCUUCACUUGUACCAUUCAUUGUGUUCUUACUUUCGCGUCUGGGGAAUUGCAGUGGUUCUUCAUUUUACAAGUAUUGGUGAUAAGCGAUUCCGAUGUAACAAUUAGCGACGGCCAGAUACAACAAUUGGUGACGCAGUCAUAACAGUCGACCACCAGUCAUAACACUUUCAGUUUAUCGGAUAAGUUUUUCGAACGAAAUUUCCUCCGACCACUUUGAAAAUUAAGUUUCCAGUAGUUGCUCUGUGUGUAAUCAGUCUUGGCCAUACGUUUUUAAUUCGCUUGAAAUCAACACUCUGGUUCUAUCUAAAUUCCUACACUGCUUUGUACUUUGCUUUUAAGGUCGAACUAUGGAAGAAGUAUAUUCAAUGGGAAAAAGAUAAUCCAUUGAAGACAGAAGAUAUCAUCACAGUCACAAAAAGAGUAAUGUUUGCCUAUGAACAAUGUCUUUUAUGUCUUGGACAUCAUCCAGAUAUAUGGUAUGAAGCUGCUAGCUACUUGGAUCAUGCAAGCAAAAUUUUGGUUGAAAAGGGAGAUCAAACAACAGCUAGACAAUUUGCCAACGAUACAGCGGCAAUGUAUGAACGAGCUAUUGCUUUACUCAAAACAAAUAUGAUGUUAUAUUUUGCUUAUGCCGAUUAUGAAGAAGGUCGAUGUAAGUAUGCAAAAGUUCAUUCUAUUUACAAGAAGUUAGUUUCAUUGGAGAAUAUUGAUCCGACACUACCUUAUAUACAAUAUAUGCGAUUCGCCAGGAGAGCUGAAGGCAUAAUGUCUGCUAGAUAUGUGUUUAAACUAGCUCGUGAUGAUUCACGCAUUACUUAUCAUGUUUACUGUAGUGCUGCAUUAAUGGAAUAUUUCUGUAGUAAAGAUAAAACUAUUGGACAUAAAAUAUUUGAGUUAGGAAUGAAACGUUUCGGUGGUAUUGCGGAAUAUGUAUUGUGUUAUGUUGAUUUUAUGGCACAUUUAAAUGAGGAUAAUAAUAUACGAGUGUUAUUUGAACGAGCUUUAGGAUCAAAUCAAAUUACACAAGAACGUGCACGUCUUAUAUGGGCUAGAUUUUUACAAUUUGAAUCACAGGUUGGUGAUUUGGCUAGUAUUCUGAAAGUGGAAAAACGACGUUUACAAGCAUUGGAUAGUUCAAAAGAAUUUUCAAGAUUAGAGACCGCACUUCUAAUUGAUAGAUAUCGUUUCUUAGAUUUAUUACCAUGUACAGAUUCAGAGCUUAGAUCUUUGGGUUAUCGAGAACUGACUCGCUUUCAGCUGGCUGGAAUUGGCAAAGGAUAUGAUGAUAUAUUGUGCGGUGUGAUCUCUUCCCAUGGAGCUGCUGGGGUUUCUCUAGGAUCCACACUAUCCAGUGUCUCUGGUGGUAGUGCAGGCGUAGUAGUAGGUGAUGCUCUAGGUUCGACAAUCAAUGGAACUGACCCAAGGCCAACUUAUCCGCAGCCUGAUGUCAGUCAGAUGUUACCAUUUAAACCGAAAGCUUAUCCACGUACUGGAAGUCACCCAGUAGCUGGUGGUGAAUUCCCACCUCCACCGGCUGCUUCCUCUUUACUGAAAUUAAUUCCACCGCCACAAUGUUUUCAUGGUCCAUUUGUUGAUGUAGAUAAAUUUUUGGAACAUUUCCUAGAAUUGGAAAUCCCUGAUGAUUAUAUGGAAGUUGUUGCAGGUGAAUCUGAAGAAUUAGCUACAAGUAUUGACUCUGGUACAGCUUUAUCCAUUGAAUUGGCUAGUACAGCAACUUCCGCUGCCCCACUUUUAUUGGCUGCUCGUAAACGUCGACAGCAAAUAGUUUUAGAUAGUUUAGCUGGACAUGGUAACCGUGCUUCUGUGGCUAAUCAAUCUAAAUUACGUAAACGAACAAAUCUAAAUGCCUUUGGCGACUCUGAAGAUGAAGAAGAAGAGGAUGAUGACGAUGAUGAUGAUGAUGAAGAUGAACGUGCAGCUGCCUUAUUAGGGGGUCAAAUUCUUGGCUCUGGGUCAGAGUUAAGAAAUCCUUUGUCAGCUGCUACUCUCGGCUGUAAUGUACCUAUGGAUUUAUAUAGGUUACGGCAAAUGCAAAGAGCUAAGUAACGUAUUUUUAACGUUCUCCUCCUUUGAGGGGAUUCCAUUUGUAUAAAGUUUGUAUUCCCUUUAAAAUAUUGAUAAGUUUUUGUAAUUUGAUCAAUAAAUGUUUUUUUAUUU